AUGCAAAUUGAUACAGCUGCCUUUCAAUCUACUACUGCUGGAAAUUCGUCAUCCUUUAUGCCAUCAGCAGAUCAACAAACACGAAGAAUCAUUAGUCCUCCACCCAAUUUGAUUUUACCUUUCCCGCCACAAAUAAACCCUGAAGAUUUAAUGAAUUGCAAAACUCGCAAGCUUCCUUCAAAACCACCGAAUGCGUUUUUCAUUUAUCGCAAAGUAUACACUAAAGAAUUAAUCAAGAGAAACCUUAGAUUUAAAAUGACUGAUGUUUCUCCUUGGGUUUCGAUCUCAUGGAAGCGUGAACCAGAAGAAGUAAAAAAUAAAUAUAAAGAAAUUGCGAAAGACGUGCGAAAAUUAUAUAAAAAAUCAAAAUUGAGUUCUAAUCAAUCCGAAAAUAAUGUCCAAUCUUCAAUAAUGCCAUCUCCGCCCCUUACCGAUACACAAUUUUCAACACCAGAAUUAUCUCAAGAUUCAUUAUUUUAUAGUCUUAUUAAUCAUUCAGGAUUACUUACUCCUGAAGAAACUGAUCUCGAUAUUUUUGACCAUGCAUCUAUGAAUCUCAUUCAAUUAUCAAAUCCUCUUGGAUUCACCAUGUUACCCAAUGUUGCGGAUCCUACAUUGUGGCAAGGUGAUAAUAUUUGCCAGGAAUUACCUUCUGGUAUGUACGAGAAUGUAAAUUCCGAAUUGGCUUUUUACGAAUACACCGAGUCUAUACCAAUGUUAGAAUACUCUCAAUAUUCGGAAAUUCAACAACAACCUGACAUCGAGCAGGAUUGGACAUACGAAAAUUUUUUAUUCGAAAAUAUUCCCCUCGAAUGGGGAAAUCAAUAUUAA